AUGGAUUUGGAAGUCGUCGAGUUCCCUCUGCAUCAUAAAUUGGCCCUUCCAUUUCGAAUUGGACUCUUGUUCAUUCUGGGUACAUGGCUUUGGUCUUUUUGCUGCCAUUAUAUUUAUUAUUUAAACAAACAGGAUUUUGACUUUACAAAUGCGAGAACUGGUGUACGGCAAGCUACAGUGCUGCCAGGUGCUACUUUUACGGAUCUUCGAACUGAUUUGGAGCAAGCGACUUCAAAAAAUACAAUAAUAAAACGAAUCAAUUACGAAGCUGGAUAUUGUUUCUCCAUAAUUAUAUCCAUCUCGUGGUUAAUAGGCUUUUUGCUUUUCAUCCUUAACACGCGCGGUGAUGUUAAAGGCUUAUAUACCCAUCCUUUGUAUCCAACGAUGUGGAUGAUCGCAACUGUUGUUUUGGUGACGAUCCCUUUCCCUUGGAGAUUUCGGCCAGUACAACGAUCGCUUCAAAAUUGUAUUAUACGAGUUUUUUUCCUGUUUCACGCAAAUUCCUAUUAUCCUCACAAAGACCUUCUUUUGUCAGAAAUGUUUACAUCUUAUGCAAAAAUGUUGGGAGACUUUUACGUUUUUGGUUGUGUUUUGAAAGGUCACAUAACCAAAUACACACUCCGUCCUGACUUAAAAUGCGAUGGCACCCUUUUUGUUCCAUUAUUGAUGACCUAUCCCUUCGUCGUUGCUACACUUCAAUCACUACAUUAUGCGAUAAGGCAUAGGAAGACAGCUUUAAAAAUAAGCUUACUUAAUGCUUUAAAGCAUGCGCUGGCGUUCCCACUUAUUUACUUAUCUGCACUAAUUCAUGCCGAACGAUCAAAAUUUAAAUUAGCUUCGAGUCAUGGUUAUCUUUUUUGGGCUUGGAACUUACUUGCUCUAUUAAAUUCUGUCUACACUUUCUGCUGGGACACAUACGUUGACUGGGGUAUAAACUUUCCUUUUGAAAAAGUCCCAUCAAGAAGACGCCUUCCGUUUGUUGCCUAUUUCUUGGCUGCUAUAUUAAAUUUCAUUCUUCGUAUUACUUGGAGUUUGAAGCUUUAUCCUAGAUUGUAUCAAUAUCAUGAUUAUGAAAUGGGUAUGUUCUCAUUCGAAAUGCUGGAAGUCCUCCGAAGGAACCUCUGGCUAUUGUUUCAUUUAGAUGCAUCCCUUUAA